AUGGGGGACUGCUUAAAACUUCAGGUCCCCGACGGGCACCCUCGGGGAGACUCAAAACCUGACCCCUCAGGUGGUACAAAACCCGCGGGUUUCGGGUAUUUGAUUGUUAUUGAUGAUGUCGAUGACAUCGAGGAGGGACAGUGGGAUACUAUAACAUCAGCAUUUGAAGGAAAUGGUGAAGGCAGCAGAAUUAUGGUGACCACAACCUUUCGGCCUACCGCUAAUAGACGAAGUGAUACUAAUGGUUGUGUGUACAAAAUGAGAACUCUUGGAAUGAAGGAUUCUAUGACAAUUGCUCUUCGUGGAAGAAGUGCAGCUGAGUUGGUGCAGGGUUCGGAGACACUUUUGAAGAAAUGUGAUGGCCUUCCGCUUGCUCUUGUCAGUGUGGCCAGGACAUGUUUGCUAUAUCUUGGUAUAUUCCCAAUCGACCGCCCUCUCAGGAAGAACGUCAUAAUCAGGCGAUGGAUGGCUGAAGGAUAUGCAAGAAGCGAAGACAUUACAUUGAGUGAACAGAGUGUAGCAAAUGGAAAUUUGAAGACAUUCAUUGACCGGAAUAUUAUCCUUCCUGUUAAAAUAAGUAAAAAUGCAGAGGUGAAAACAUGCAAAGCGCAUGCCAUCAUACAUGAAUUCCUGUUGCAUAGGUCCAUGUGUGAGAAAUUCAUCAUGUGCUCUUCAAGGGACAAAAUAGUUCGUCACAUCUUUGUCCAUGGUGAUGUUGGUAGUGACACAAAUUCCACAGAAACCUGGAACAUGGACUUAUCUCGUGUACGGUCUCUGACAGUUCGUCGUAGUGCAGGUUGUUCUAUUUCUGAUUUUGGCAAGUAUAAACUGAUCAGAGUGUUGGAUCUUGAAGAAUGCACUGACAUGAAAGAUAGCCAUCUCAAGAAGAUAUGCAAGCUGUGGAAUCUGAGAUACCUAAGUCUUAGCCACGAUAUUACAAGGCUUCCAAAGGAAAUUGCAAAGCUCAAACUUUUGGAGACACUUGCUCUGAGCAAAACGGUGGUGACUACGUUGCCUGUGGAAGUCAUAGGGCUGCCCUGUUUAACUAAUCUCAUUGGAAAGUUUAAACUUUUGGAUCAAGAUUGGAAAUCAAGUAGUGAACAAGAGCGACAGUCUAAAAGUAAUGAACUGGAAGAACUGUGCAGAAACAGUAAGAUGGAGACCCUGGCAGGAUUGGUUGUCGAUACAGGGCAGUUACAAGGAUUGCUGCAUCUCACGCUCCAUAUGAAGAACCUGAGAAAAGUUAAGAUUUGGUUUGAGUCAACAGAAGUCAUAGACGACUUCAGUGAUUUCAAUAAUGAUCUGAGCCCGCGCCUCGUAACGAAGAUGUGCAAGAGAAGCUCCGUCGGCUACAAAAUCAGGUGGCCCAACUUGGGAGAAGACUUCAGAAUGCGCCAGAGUCUUCCUCAGCUCGAUUUAGGAGCGGGGCGGAGAGGCGCGUGCCAAGCUAUCGUCCCCAACACGAGCGCUAGACCUUGGUGCCACGUCACAGGACUCCACCACUCACGCACCGAGGAUACAUGGCUCCGCCUCCGCGACGGAACAUGUGGGUCAGGCGUCAUGACUACGCUGCACCCCCUCGUGAAAGCCAACACGACGCACCGAAGGCACUCCACAAGUUGGAAGGCUUCCUCCAGCCCUGGCUUCCCCGAGAACGUGAAGCCCCGGUGCUAA